UUUUUUUUUUUUUUUUUUUUUUUUUUUUUUUUUGUACGCCGCCUCCUUGAAGCCAGUAGCAGCAAGGAAAAUAAGCUGAGGACAGAGAAAUAAGACGGAGAUGAGUUAUUACCAAACCAAGGGAGAAUUUCCAUCUUAAAAGCCACUACAAGAAAGAAAGAUAUAAAAGCUGAUUCUUCUUGAGGCUGCUCUCCUGCUUUGUCUGUCCUGUUCUAAUCUUAGUGGGUGAUGUCCCAGCAGCUCUAACCCUCAGGCUUCGGUACCUCACUAGUUAACAGGCAGGAAGCAUUUGAAAGCAGUCAUGGAUGACUAUGAUAUCAGGUCUGCUGCCAGCAUUUUAGCAUCUGUUAAAGAGCAAGAAGCUCGUUUCGAGCGGCUGACCCGCGCACUUGAGGAAGAGCGGCGCAAUGUCUCCUUGCAACUCGAGCGUGCCAAUCAGCCCGCAGACCGAAUGAGCAUUUGCAACAUUGGCAAUGGUCAGCCUCUGGCAACCGCCUGGCAGCAGCUCGUACUGCAGGAACAAAGCCCCAGUAACCAGACUUCAAUAGCAAUGAUGCAAGAGCCUCAAGAAAUGGUGGAAGAGACAGUUACUGUGGAGGAAGACCCAGGCACUCCCACUUCCCAUGUUUCUAUUGUCACUUCUGAAGAUGGAACCACAAGGAGAACUGAAACCAAGGUUACCAAGAUGGUGAAGACCGUCACCACGCGGACGGUGCGGCAGGUGCCGCUGGGGCCGGACGGGUUGCCCGCCAUGGACAGCUCCUCGCCCAUGGGCAGCUACACAGACUCCAUUGACAGGCGGUACCUGAAGAACGGCGAGCGCUUCAUCACCCCCCAGGCCUCGUCCACCCUGAGCCGACCCUACAACAGCUACAACGACUCGUACCCCGAGAGCCAUGAGGGCCAGUACCGCCCCUACAUCGGCCACGACGGCUACGGAGACCUCUCGGACAGCUACGGCAGCUUGUCCCGGGGCGUGGGCUACCGGCCGCGCUAUGCCUACGUGCCGGGGGGCACCUACCGGCCCGACGAGGGCAGCUUCACCCUGCCCAGCAGGAGGGACACCUACGGCCCUGUGGCCCAGCCGCAGGUCCCGGUGGGCAGCAGCGUUGACCUGAACCGCUCUCAGCCCGAGCGCUUCCAGCCCGAGCCCUACGGGCUGGAGGAUGACAACCGCAGCCUCGGAGUGGAUGAUGAGGGCUAUGAACUGGAUCCUGAUUACUCCACGGUCAACAGGAGGACGUCUGCAGGUGUGCCAGAGAGAGGGAGACCUCACAAAGGAAGGGGCUACGAUGACCCCAUCGAGCCGGAGAUGGUGGAGGAGCGGCUGCCGUACCUGCACGGGGGCUACGCGGCACCGCUGGCGCAGCCCGAGCGCGGCAGCAUGGCCAGCAUCGACCGGCUGGGCAAGCGCUCGCCCUCCAUCGACAGCAUCCGCAAGGACCCGCGCUGGCGGGACCCCGACCUGCCCGAGGUCAUCGCCAUGCUCAGCCACCCCAUUGACCCCGUCAAGUCCAACGCCGCCGCCUACCUGCAGCACCUGUGCUACGAGAACGACAAAAUCAAAAAGGACGUCCGGCACCUCAAGGGCAUCCCCAUCCUGGUGGGGCUGCUGGACCAUCCCAAGCCUGAGGUCCAUCGCAAGGCCUGCGGGGCCCUCAGGAACAUCUCCUAUGGGAAGGAUAACGAGAACAAAGUGGCUAUAAAGAACUGUGAUGGGAUCCCUGCAUUGAUCAGGCUGUUGAGAAAAACAAAUGACAUGGAAGUCAGAGAGCUAAUUACAGGCACCCUGUGGAAUUUGUCCUCCUACGAGCCCCUGAAGAUGGUCAUCAUCAACCACGGUCUGCAGACGCUGACCAACGAGGUGAUCAUCCCGCACUCGGGCUGGGAGAGCGAGCCCAACGAGGACUCCAAGCCGCGCGACGCCGAGUGGAGCACGGUGUUCAAGAACACCUCUGGCUGCUUGCGGAAUGUAAGUUCAGAUGGAGCAGAAGCACGCAGAAGACUGAGAGAGUGUGAUGGCCUGGUGGAUGCCCUCCUUCACGCUUUGCAGUCUGCGGUUGGCAAGAAGGACACGGACAAUAAGUCUGUGGAGAACUGUGUGUGCAUCAUGCGGAACCUUUCCUAUCACGUCCACAAAGAGGUCCCUGGAGCUGAUAAGUACCAAGAACUAGAUGCUGGUCAGACUACAGGCACAGGAAGCUCCCAGAAGAAGAAGAAAGAUGAUGCUGGUUGUUUUGGUGGAAAAAAAGCUAAAGAGGAGUGGUUCAAUCAAGGAAAGAAGAAUGGAGAUUUGGACAGGAAUUUUGAUACACUUGAUUUGCCUAAGCGGUCUGAAGCAGCAAAAGGCUUUGAAUUACUGUACCAGCCAGAUGUGGUCCGACUGUACCUCUCCAUCCUCACGGAAAGUCAGAACUUCAACACUCUGGAAGCUGCAGCAGGAGCUUUGCAGAACCUUAGUGCUGGCAACUGGACGUGGUCCACGUACAUCCGUGCGACGGUGCGGAAGGAGCGGGGGCUGCCCGUGCUCGUGGAGCUGCUCCAGUCUGACUCGGACAAGGUGGUGAGGGCUGUGUCCAUCGCCCUGAGAAACCUCUCCAUGGAUCGCCGCAAUAAGGAUCUCAUAGGUAGUUAUGCCAUGGGUGAGCUGGUAAGAAAUUUGCCCAGCAAACAGCAGAGAUCUGCAAAGAACCUGGAAGAGGAUACAGUGGUUGCAGUGUUGAAUACCAUCCAUGAAAUCAUUACUGACAGCUCAGAAAAUGCAAGGUCUCUGAUCCAGACACAGGGCAUUCAGAAGCUGGUAGCUAUCAGCAAGUCAAGCCAGUCUCCCAGAGAAACAAAAGCAGCAUCUCACAUUCUUCAGAUGAUCUGGAGCUAUAAAGAGCUACGAAAUGCCCUUCAGAAGGAUGGAUGGAACAAGUCACACUUUCAGUCUGUUUCUGCAGCUCCAAAGGGCUCCAAAGGUACUGCUGGCAGAUCUGGCUACGACGACAGCACUUUGCCUCUGGUGGAUAAAAGUCAAGAUAAUGAGAAGUCUGGGAGUCGUGAUAUGAUACCUAUGGAUGAACUUGGCCCAGAUGGAUAUUCCACCAUCGACCACCGGGACAAGGAGCGCAAGUAUAAGACCAGUGAUAACACAGGAGAUGCCUCCGAGAAGGAACCUUUAAAAAAUGACACAAAUAGGAAAAACAUUAACAGGAGUAACAGGGCUUCGGUGAAUCUGGUGGAUGCCCGUGACAUUAAACCCCAGCCUGUUGACUCCUGGGUCUAAUUUGCAUGCAUGGGCUAAAGUCCAACCACAUUUUUUUUAAUUGAGGGGGAGAAACAAACAUUGAAUCGACCCAGAGGAUCUCAUCAGUCACCACUGCCAUUCAGACUGGGAGGGCUGCAGGUCCCAGGAGGGCGUGGGGAGCGAACCCACCCGAGUGCCAUCGCCGAGCGGAGCACGAUGCCUUACAGCGAGACACUCUGCUGCUUAACUCCCUGACAUUCCCACCAGAAACAGCCACCGCCUCCC